AUCAUCAUCAUCCUCUACUGAUAGUCUGAAGCACGCAAAGGUCCCUCCGAGCAUCGACGACGUAGCCAAGGAAGGUCCCAGAAAAUCUUAGAACCGACGAGGAAACCAUAGAAAGACAGAAACCCAUAAAUCUGUUCCUGUCAAAGGUCAGAAAGUGCUCCCCCUCCUCCUCCGUAACCCUCUGAUUCAUCCAAGGUUUUGCCGUGUAAACACCCAUUGGAAUCAGUUUCCAUCCAUCCGUAUUUUGGGCAGUCCUCUGAGAAGUGAAGUGCCGAGUGGCUGAUCCUCCGCAGCGCCCAAUUGGAUUUUUCGCUUUCUGGGUAAUGGUUAUGUCAGCAGUUGAAUCGUCGAUGGUAGGUUUCUGAUCUGGGGUUUCUUGAGUUGAGGUAGUGGUCAAGUUGGUGAAGAAUAUCGAAGGAAAGUUUUGAUUUUUCCCGGCUUCCGACCGGCUAUAUGGUGUAGGUUUCUUGUUCAUUGGAGGUUGGCACUGAAGCAGAUCUGGUGACUUUCGAUCAGCUCUGCAAUUGCCCGGUGAAUGAUAACUGUGCUGUCCUUGUUCAAUUGUUUGUGAUUAGUCGGCCAAAGGAAACAGUCUUGGUCCUUUCCGAUACGUUAGCUAUAGCUUAGGAGGCCUCCGUUUUCCAUCCUUGAAGUAGUGGUAGUCCUGUUGCUAUUCGCGCCAUCUGUAUCUUCGAUGAUCUGUAAUUGAUCGAAAUAUCUCUCCCUAUGUGGGGGCAUCUUAUUUGAUGUACUCAUUCUGGCAUCUCAAGAGUUGGGCAUAGGAAUCAAGUGGGGUUUGUCUAGAUGGGCAAGCCAUUGUUCUUCGAGAUCUUGGAGAAACCGGCAACAAGCUGUAUCAUAGCAAUUUGUUCUGCAAUAUGGUUCUACAUUCAGAAGAAGAACAUUGGGUAUUCCCAAGUCGGGUUAAGCUAUGAGACUGCUGCUGAUGGCCACUUCUGGAGGAUUAUAACUUCGGCCUUCUCGCACAUAAGUAUUCUUCACCUGGUUUUCAAUAUGAGUGCACUCUGGAGCCUUGGUGUGGUUGAACAGUCCGGGCACUUGGGCCUUGGAGUUGCGUAUUACUUGCAGUACACUCUCGUGCUGGUCCUAUUGUCAGGCUUACUGGUUUUAGGAAUGUACCAUGUCCUCAUACAACGGUUCAAGAUCGAGUACUUUCGUCGGGUAACAGCUGUUGGUUACUCGUGUGUUGUCUUUGGGUGGAUGACAAUCCUUUCCGUCAAGCAGCCCUCUUCAAAGUUGGACCUUUUUGGAGUCCUGUCACUCCCCAUCAGUUUUGCUCCAUUCGAGUCCCUCAUCUUCACCUCGAUCAUCGUCCCGCAGGCGAGCUUCUUGGGACAUCUAUCGGGGAUCAUUGUGGGAUAUUCCAUCGCAUGGGGCCUGAUCCAUGGGAUGAACAACUACUGGGCUAUCUCGAUGUUGUGUUGGACUGGAGUUGUCUUCAUUUCAAGCUUGAAGCGAUCUGGUGCUUGGGAUCUCAGCUUUCUUGAGAUCGAGCCCGUGACUGAUCCUUCUUUGCCUUCUGUAAGGAUCAUUGGGUCAGGGACUGGGAGGACCCUGCAAAUGAGCACAAUUCCUCUUGGAGGUGUCGAGCUCGUUUGAUUUUCGAUCGGUUUGUUGUUAGUUAAAAAAUGCGAGGGUUGUUACCUCUCAAUUUUUGCCAUAGUGAUGGUGAUAGCAAAUUAUUGUUUUUUUCCACUCUUACACGAUACUGGCUCAAGGAGCUCUAAUGCCUUACAAUAUUGCUAGUUCAUGUUGAGCAUAUUGGCAUUUGAAGUUUAAUUGAUAAUUCAUUAUCCAUCUCCUUUAAGCUUUUAUCAAAUUCUAUCCGAAUUUCCACUCUUUCAUAUGAAUCGUCAUAUGGAGCUCUAAUGGCUUUCUAUAUUGCCACUGCAUAUUGUUUCUUGUCUUUGCAUUUGAUUUUGUUUGAUAAUUUGUGAUCUAUCUCGUUUGAACUAUAUAAUGACAUUUUUCAUAUCUUUUUGUAUUGUAAGUCUAGCUUUUGAUGCAUUCUGUGUCUUGACCUAGUCAUUUAUUAAUUGGAGACUUCUCUAUGGAGGAAUAAAAGAGGGUUGAUUGGAUUGAAAUAUAAAAGAUCCAACUUCAUAAAGUGAUUCGGUUCCAGGACGACUUCUUUAUUUCCAGGUGCCAAGCAUGGCCAAUAUGCUAUAUAAUUUGGAGAAGUGCUUCAAAUGAACCUGUGUGUCUCGGUAUUAAAGUGGUGAAAGGUUGAGUUCUGUCUUCUCUUAUUAUGAUUGAACUUUAUGAUUUUGCUGUUGGAAUAUUUCAGAUGUCAUCCUGUGAUGAUUUUCAACUCUGCUAUGGUUCAAAAUAGGUAAGCAACGAUGAAUCUUAUGUUUGCAUUCAACUUCAUCUUGAAGUGUCUGCUAUUUGCUAGCUUGUCAGGCAGGUUUUGCCCUCGUUUGAGCUGCAAGGUGCUCAUUGUUGAUUUUGACUUGGGUUGGUAUUGUGCAUUCUGAUUGAAAAUGGUAACAAGUUAAGCCUGAAUUUACGGUCAUUGUGGAUGAGUGGCAACUGAUUUUGGCUUUAUUUUUCUUGCUCGAUUUCAGGCCAUUGAUCUUUUUCGCGAACCCGAGAUUGGUCAGUAAAGACAUUCUCCCUCUGAGGAUGUUACGAGAUUGAAUUCAGUAAUCAGGCACAUCUGCCGCCCCCUUUCCUCAUCAGCCUUCGCCUUCGCCACCGACCUCGAAGCCACAAAGAAGCCAGAGCGGGCUCAAUCGGUCAAAGCAGAGAGGGCACGAUCGAGCCUCCUGUUGUUUCAAUCGAAGCCACCAAGGGUUCGAUUUGAGCCCUCUUUGUGCUUUUGUGGCUCCGACGAAGGUUCAUGGGGGUGACUAUGGAGGUCGCUGCCACUUCUUUCGAGUUCAGGUGAGGCCAAUGUUCCUUUUUUUUUUUUUUUUUCUCUUUUUCUGGAAGAAGAAAUAUGGGAAGGAUUGUCAAGGGAGGGUUAUUUUAGGAAUUUCAUCUUUCUUAAUUCAUUGUAAAUUUAAAUAUUGGAAAAAAGACAUUACUUGUAAUGUUACUCGAA